AUGUUACCUCCAUUUACAUCGUCAUCGGUAAAUUAUGAUUGCGUCGGAUCGAAAAAUGGCAACAGUAACACGUGGUCAUGGGCGGCAGGAUGCGCAGCAGUAGCUGCAGCCUUUAUUCCGACCACUACAUCAUGUGAAAUAACUGAACAAUCAAAUUCAUCUUUGUUGAAAAAGAAAACAUUAUUAUCAACCACAAAUAAUCUAAAUGAAAAUCAAAAUCAAAUGCUCGUCACUUGUGACCAAAUUCAAACACAAACUAAACAUGCUCCAGAACAACGUUUAUUACGAAUAGUACUCUUCGCUGAAAGUUUUCCAUCAUUUACUAGUGGAAUAACACGACGAUUUAAAGAAAUAAUUCGACGCUUAGCUAAAACAGGUCAUCAUAUUCAUGUUGUUACAGGUUGUAAGAAUGCAUUAUCUUGGACAGAUGGAAACGAUUUAUUACGUGAACACGUGACAUUUUCAAUUUUGCCCUCGACUGAUUUUACAAAUAAAAUUGAUUGUGCUUGUCCAUUCUUAUUCCCACACCCAAGUAUUUGUUCUGCAAUUCGUAAUUUUCACCCUGAUGUUGUGCAUAUUGUUGAACAAACGCCGGGAGCAAUGAUGUGUGGCGUAUUUGCUAAAUCAUUAAACCUUCCAAUUGUAUGGUCGUCUCAUACAAAUAUAGAUUUUUAUUUAUUAACCUAUAUACGUUCAUAUGCUGUUAGAUUUGCGAGAAAAAUCUACCAAUAUAUUCGUUUGAAACAUUUAUUAUAUUCAUCGAUUAAUUUGACAGUGAGUCAAGAUUUUGCCGAUUUUAUGGAACAAACUGGUGUACCAUCACCUGUUCAGGUAUGGAAAACGGGCGUUGACUCUGAUCUAUUCCAUCCAAAACGUAAAUCAUUAACAAUGCGUCGACGUAUGUUUGGUACAAAACAUAAUUAUACUAUUGAUGAAAUGAAUAAUAUCACAUUAUUUUUAUGUGUUGGACGAAUUUCACCGGAAAAAAAUUUUGAGUUUUUAUCAUUAGUAUUAGAUCGUAUUCCAUCACGAACAUUCCUGUGUAUUAUUGGUGAUGGUCCCUUUCGACAAACGUUAGAACCAUUAUUUCCUACAGAUCGUGUCUAUUUUUUUGGCUACUUAGGUGGUGAAGAAUUGGCUUCAGCAUACGCGAGUGCAGACUAUUUUAUUUAUGCAAGUAUAUCAGAAACGUUUGGACAAGUAUAUUUAGAAGCCAUGGCGAGUGGAACACCAGUGAUAGCAGCUGAAGGUGGCCAAAUGAAAGAAUUUUUUGAAAAUGGUAAACAUGGCUAUGUAUGGAAACCAGGAGAUCUAGAUGAUGCUGAAGUAGCUAUUAGACGUUCAAUGAAAGAACGAGAUCGUUUAUCAGUUAAUGCUAGAAAACAAGCAUUAAAACAUUCAUGGGAUAGCGCUGCUGAUCAAUUGGAUAAUGUUUAUCAUGCAGCUUUAAUUAAACACAACAAUGAUCAUUAUGUUGAACCGUCCACUUUUCUUCUUAUAUUUAGAAUAUUCUUUUAUACAAUUGUUUGGUUUAUUUGUAUUGGUCUAGCAAUCAUUUUCAUGCUUCCAUUUGUUAAAGUUUGUAGUCCAAUAAUUGAAAAAUCAACAACGGCAUCGUUAAAAAUUAAACAAAAAAAUGAUAAUAAUAAUAAUGAAAUACUACUAUCAAAUAAGAAUGGUUUUCAAAAACAAACUACAAAAACAUAA